UAUCUCGAUGGGUGGGAUGUUAGGUUUCUGGGCAUGGCCUUGAUGGGUUCGGGGUUUAUGUUGUCUCUAGAUAACACCAUUUUGUCAACGGCGAUCCCCCGCAUCACGAGCGACUUCAACAGUCUGAACGAUAUCGGCUGGUACGGCGCCUCCUACCUCGUCACGCAAAUGUCGCUUCUGCCCACCUGCGGCCGUAUAUACACGUUCUACGACGUGAAGUGGUCCUACAUCGUGCUGAUGCUCAUUUUUGAACUGGGCUCCAUCAUCUGCGCUGUGGCGCAGAGCUCAACGAUGCUGAUAGUCGGACGCGCAAUUUCUGGCAUCGGCGCUGCCGGGUUGCUCAGCGGGGCGGCGGUGAUCGUGUCCUACUGCGUGGCUUUGAGAAAGCGUGCCAUGCUGAUGGGGAUGAUCUCGGCAGUUUAUGGCGUCGGAUCGGUCUCGGGACCACUCAUCGGGGGGGUCAUAACUGAUAAUCCGAAGCUUACUUGGCGGUUUUGCUUCUGGAUCAAUCUUCCAUUCGGAGCAGUUGGACUUGCUCUGAUAUGGUUCGCUCUCCGCAGCCCUCCCCCGGCUGUCAAAGCAGGAUUACCGCCGAAUCAAAAGCUACGGCAGUUGGACAUGCUGGGGGCUACGGUGUUGGUUGGCUCGAUAGUCUGUCUGUUGCUCGCACUACAAUGGGGAGGAAUCGUCUACCCAUGGUCGAAUUCCAAGGUUUAUGGCUGCCUGGUUGGAUUUGUCUUGAUUUUGGCCCUGUUCAUUGCGAUGCAAAUUAAAGAUCGGAAUAGCUGCACGAUUCCACUUCACCUGUUUCGCAACCGUACAGUAUCUGCCGCGAGCGCCUUCAUGAUGUUCCUCCAGCUGGCAAUUGUGGUACAGACUUACUACUGGCCAAUGUACUUCCAAUCCGUGAAAGGCGUCAGCGCCAGAGACUCGGGAAUUCAGCUACUCCCACUGUGUAUUUCCAUGAGCCUGACGACUCUGAGCGCAGGAUGGAUCAUCUCCAGGAUUGGCUACUAUGUGCCCUUCAUGUGGGCCGGUGCUCCCUUCCUCGCGAUCGGAGGUGGUCUCUUCCAGAUUAUCCGAGCGGAUAGUCCGUUGUCCAAUUGGGUAGGGUAUCAGAUUGUUAGUGGCAUUGGCUACGGUCUGUGCGGCCAGAUCCCAAUCUUAGCAGUGCAAGUCGUUCUGGACAAGGAGAAUGUACCAACAGGCUGUGUGCUGAUCAUGUUCUUCCAAUGCCUGGGGGGGGCCCUGGCGACGAGCAUUGCCCAGAACCUGUUCACGGACAAACUGAUGAAGAAUCUACGGAAGGUCAAGGGUGUAGACAGCGCAGCAGUGGUUGCUGCGGGUGCUGCAGACUUUAGGCGGUUGGUCGCUCCAGAAAGACUAGCUAAGGUGAUUGAUGCGUACACAAGCGCAUUGAAGACCGUGUUUUUGCUGGCUCUUGCUACUGCGGCGAUUGCUUUCUUUGUGGGAUUGGCAAUAGAAUGGCGGAGGUUGCCC